UAUCUUUUCCUGUUCUUUCCUUUUUUUCAGUUGGCUUCCUUCCGAUUAAAUGGUGUCCUUUAAUUCAAUUCCAGGCACACCUUACUCCCGCAGGUUGUAUUAAAAUCCCUACUCUUCUGAGACCAAAGUUGGAAGACAUUAAAGAUGAGAUGCAAAAUAAGGUUAUGGCACCAGCGGCAGCUACUGAUGGUUAAAAAAAAUGCAAGAACUAAUGAGGGAGUGCUUUGGUCGAGAUAUAUUUGGAAGGAGAAGCCUUCUUGUUCACUGGCCCAUGGAAGAGGACCCUCGGUUUUUGCUAUCUUAUGUAUCACCAUUUGCCUCUGUAAAUAUUUUGCAGAUGGAGGCCAAAUAGACAAAAUAGACUUCUGGGAUGAACUUCUAUGCAGUGUAAAUAGUUUUUCUAUUGGCGCUUUAGGAACGGAUGAAGAUUUAAUUGGUAAAGUUUUGAAGUAUGACUAGACGCAUCCAAAUCUUAAGGAGUUAAUAAAUUGGGACAGAACUUCUAUCCAACCAAAACCCGAGGACUUGUGUGCUUUGCACCAAAAGGUUUAUUGCAGGAAAGAGGAAUCGCCUUUAACUCCUUCCAUUCUGAUGGAACCUAAGUUAGGUCAAUAUCGCAUAGUUAUUUUGUUAAUACCAUUAAUUUCAUGUUUGGUCAAUGUAGUAAUUGUGACUGAACAUUCUGUCAAAGUCUAAAUUGAUUGCAAUCUUCUU